CAUAAUUUGCUUUCAUACACUGCCAGGAUGGACGGCCUCGCUCCCCCAGGAAAUGGAGAUGCAGACGAGAGAGGCUCUCUGAUCUCUGUACAGUCAGUUCAACCGCAUCCUAACACACUGACCAAGCUUGUUAAACGACUUCGUGCACUGACCCUUCAGUUACUUCCUGUCGAGGUUGAUCCAAAAGAUCUCGUCGCGCCUACCAGUCAAAUUAUCACCCCUCAAGUUAUUUCCGCCUACAAGGCAGCUGCAGGAGACUUUGUUGAGGCGCUCCCGUAUUGUCUUCUUAGAGCUCGUGCAGAAUUCAUGUGGGAAGCUAACCAUAAUCCUGCUGACUAUGACGAGAACUACGGUCGAGCAAUAGCAUGCGAAGUUUUGGCACGGAGGGUAGUUCAUCGUACCGCCGCAGAACGUUUGACUGCAGUCUUGUCUACUCGAUACACGCACACUCAGCUUGACGGAGAUGAAAGCGAUCCUACGAGUGCCAUGGAGAUGGCUAUUGACGCUCAUUGUACAAUCUUUCUGUCGUCGAGCGAAGCGCAGGAUGUAGUCAGAGCUCUUUGGGCUGGCGAUUUGGUUCAGAGGAAUAAUGAGAAGCUUGACAUUGAUUAUAUUCCGUACAAUGAAACCCAUUCCGGAGGAUUUUUCGACCAUUUCGACCCUUCACGACUAAGUGUUCCGAGGUAUCAGAAUAUGUUCCGUAUUAUCAUUUGGCUAUUUUAUCUUGUGGCAUACUCUCAAGCUGUUCGACAGCCGGUGGAACGCCUUUCGGAUCCGACGUAUACUUCCACAUUGGAUGAAUGGGAGAUAGUUCUGUACAUUGUUGGGUUGUCUAUUUCCAUUGAAGACAUACACAAGUUUUUCAAGCUCCUGCAAUUCGUCACUUGGAAGGCUUUCUCCUUCUGGAAUGUUGUCUCCCUCGUAACCGACCUGCUUUUGAUGGCUGCUUUUACGUUGCGAAUGAUUGGUCUCUCCAAGAAUAGUGACGACUCGACGAGGCUCAGGAUCAUUAGCUUCCAAGUCCUGAGUUUCGUUGCUCCGUUUAUAUGGAUGAAAAUCAUCACUGUGUUCGAUGGGUACAAAUAUGUGGGAAUGAUGCAAAUAUGUGUCACGCGUAUGCUAAGAGAGUCAAGCAUAUUUUUCGCUUUGCUCUCGAUAUUGGGGCUUGGCUUUGCGCAAGCCAUGUAUGCAUUGGAUGCCGCGGAUGGGACGACCCAAGCCCCUUCUUCUGUUGUAAACGCCUUGGUUCAAGCCCUUCUACAAGCGCCAGAUUUCACAAGAUAUGAGUCAAGCCCAUCGGGACUUCUUAUGUUCUACUUCUGGAAUGUAGUAACAGCAAUAAUUCUUCUCAAUGUGCUCAUCUCCUUGUUCUCUUCAGCCUACUCUGAAGUGGUUGAUGAUGCCGAAGCACAAUACUUGGCCUUCUUUGCUGGCAAAACGGUGUCUAUGAUUCGUGCCCCGGAUUCCUAUGUCUACCCAGCCCCAUUCAACCUGAUAGAAAUCAUAUUCGUUUCCCCUUUCGAGUUCUGGCCGUUGAAACUCAAUCGCCAGUCUUACGCGAAGUUAAACCGUGUUCUCAUGAGCAUUGUUUUCUUCAUCCCGUUGACUCUGAUUGCGAUAUACGAGAUCACGCCUCGAAAGAAGGAUGGAUGGGUUGCCAAUUGGAUGCAAGGCAAUGAUCAUGGGGACGAUGACUACGCAGAAAGUAGAGAUCCUGAGAUAGAUGACGAGAAUGGCCUUUCCAUCAGUAAGGUCCCAUUCAUGGAACUGAUCAAGGUGUUCCCCAACACAGCAGUGUCAUCUGAUACGCUUUUAAUGAACGAAAUUCGAGAGCUGCGGGAGCAGUUCGCUACAAUCGCGCGAAAACUCGACGAUAACUCAGGUCAAACGCAAUGACACGACUAACGAACCAGAGGACCUCAAGCCUCAUCUAUCAGAAAAUUCAGGUUUGGAUAGCCCUCAAUAGUGAUAUCGGAUAGACUUUGGUAAAUGUAAACCGGUAUAUAGUACUACGACAUGGUCAUGCCCUGUGAAUCCUCUUGAAGAUCUUGCGCC